UAUGUAAAAACAUCUGAAAAAUACUAAAAUUAAUAACUAAAACAACUCUUAAUAAGAAUUACUAGUAAAUUUAGGAUGGAGCACAAACAAAUCUAUAUGGAAGAGACAAGUUUCAGAUGGUCAAUCGGUCAUGACUUUGAUAAAUUCAAAUUAUUUCACUUGGGACCCUUUCCUGAUUGCUUAGUUUAGUCUUGGAACAGUUGGUUCGUCGAGUCAGCUGUCUGCACUGUACUCUUUCUUACAAGCCUGACCACAGCAAACCCCCAGUCUUCAGUCUUGACCCUGAAGACCUGCCGCUUGUCUUCUUCGUUGCCGGAGAUCCGCCACCAACCCAAACCCCGUCCUUUACUCUCACCGUCUUGUCGCCGGAAUAUGGACAACGGAGAAGUACUAGAAUACGAUAGCCCGCGGCCGCGGAGCACCGGAUCCUAUGGCGGGACCAGCAUCCACAUUACGGCGCUGGACGGCAUCGUUAACGUCAACUCCCUCUUCACCCUCGCCGUCUUCGUCGGCCUGGCCUGGAAUCCCUCCGACCCAACCGACGGCGGCCUGCCCUCCGGAGACUGCGCCGCCGGAAACCGGGCGGAGGAGCGCCUUGUCUUCUUCCACGUCCUCGCCUUCGCCUCCUUCCUCUUCUCCAGCCUCGUCGCCCUCUCCGUCAGGCAGGCCAUCCGCUUCGUCCACCCGCCGCCUGUGGGCUCUCGCGCGGCGCGCAUCAACCGGGCGGCGCUUCGCGGCGGCAUCCUGGCCUCCGCCGUCGGUUCGGUGUUCGGAUGCGGAUUCCUGAUGAUGGCCCUCGUCAAUGUGGUCGAGAUCAAGCUGGGGAGGCUCGGUUGCGGUGGCGCCGCCGCCGUGGGGGCCGUGAUCCCGCUCGUCACCCUCAUCCCCGCUGCCAUGCUUAUCUACACCGCCAUCGUUUUCUACGCCUUCACUCGCUAAUCAUCAUGAUUUCAGUUGCUUCAAACCCACCAACCUUUUCUAGGCGUUAAGGUUUGGGUUCUUUUCUGCUAGUUUCUCUCAAGGUACCAUUUUUCUUAGAUGUUUUUCCCCCAAAAUACUUGAUUGGAAAAAAAAAUCGAACUUUGUGAACAAUCUUUUCUGUUUUCCAUAUUUAUGUUCGCAUUUUAUAAAGAAAUUAGGAACGAGUA